AUGGCACACCACAAGGUGUCUCGGCCAAUCUCCGACCUCCAACUCAUCAAGAUUGCGAUGGACGGGUUCAUGGACAUGCUCAGAAACGGUGAACUGUACGGAGUUGGCAGGAAGGCUCUUCCCGGAGUACUGACAGCUUUCUACUUCGACAAUCAGAUCAUUCUGGCUAGCUCACAAAAAGGAGGAAGCGCUCUUACCUACACUCGAGGCAAUGGCUUAGACGAACUAGUCAGGGACUGUGUCGCCCCUAAUGACAAGUCGAAUCAAGCCAAGUGCGGAGAGAUGAGCGCUUUGCAAAUCUUCAAACAUUUAUAUCCCACAAAACCUAUCCGUCCGGAAAAUAUCAUCACCGUUACCGUCCGAUGUGGUAAUGAUGAAAAGAAGAACUCGAAGUUUAUCCUCCCUGUAAUCCGCCCCAAGUAA